AUGCGUGCACACCUAACUGGCGAUGUUGGGUCCGCCGAAUUUUUGAAUUCAUUAUUAGCCCUUGGCGAAGGUAUUAUUCCAGCGGACACUAAUGGAUUUGUAAACGUCCAAGGGUUGUCUACAGUGGUCACAACGCCAGCAACACUCAGACAGCUUCUGGAAACUGUGCCAGGGGUGUUGCACGCUUACAAAUCCGCUGACAGAACUCCAGACCCCGCUGAAAUGGCGAACUUUCCAGUGGAGUUCUUAAACAGCCUCCACCCCGCUGGUCUCCCUCCUCACAUUCUGGAACUUAAAGUGGAGAUCCCGGUUAUAUUGCUUAGAAACCUGCGUCCACCGAAACUAUGUAAUGGCAUCAGGAUGGUUAUUCAGGCCCUCCACCCAAACAUUAUUGAGGCCAAAAUUAUAACUGGCUGCGGUAAAGGGGAGCAAGUGCUUAUUCCAAGGAUGCAUUUUUAUCCAUCAGAUGCCGACGUACCCUUCACUUUCAGAAGAUCUCAAUUCCCAGUCGCAACCUGUUUUGCUAUCACAAUUAAUAAGGCCCAAAGACAAACGCUGUCUGUCACUGGUGUACACUUAGAGGAGCAGUGCUUCUCACACGGCCAACUUUACGUUGCCUUCUCUCGAGUCGGCAGGCGCGAGGAUGUAUUCCUUUAUUCACCCUCGCAAAAAGCUAAAAAUGUGAUUUUCUCUCUCUCUCUCUCUCUCUCUCUCUCUCUCUCUCUCUCUCUCUCUCUCUCUUUCAUUAUCUCUUUCCAUAGUGACUUUUCUUAG